CCUAGUUCUGCCAACCUUUGAAAUAAAACUUCUCUACUCUGAUGUAAUGUUUUAUUUAUUACAAAAAAUAAUUAAUUAGUCGAUAACCGACAGCCCACUGACGUCUAAACAAAAUAAUUUUAUAAUAAUGUUCAUAGAAUCAUAAAGUAUUUGGAUAUGGUUGAAUGGUAAAAGCCAGUAAAAGCAGGUAAAAGUAAAAAACACUUGGGUGAGUGGUUGACUGACUGACUGACUGGGAAUUGUUGGGAAUUGUUGGGAAUUGGGAACUGUGAACGUCAUGGCUGACUCACUAUCACCAGAUCACCACUUACUAUAAUCGAGUACAAGACAAGGAACAUUUUUGUUAGGAUAACAAACGAAAACGGAAAACGAUGCUGCUACAUACUGCUACGGCUCUACAGCUACAGCUGAGUCAAUAGGCGUUACAUGUAUACGUUAACUCAGUUUAUUGUGUGUUGUUUAAAUUUAUAUAUCUCAAUGUAUAUAUAAAUAAUGUGAGUGAUUAUUGGUGAUAAUUUAAAUCUGAAUAAGUAUUAUUAUUAUUGUCACCGUCAUCGUCAUCGUCACCGUCGUUACCACUGAUACAAUACCUUUUAAAUAAAUAAAUAAUAAACAAUAAUAAUAACAGAUGCGUAGAAUGAUCAAGGGUUAGUGAUAUCUUCAAGUGCUUCCGCGAGUGAUUGGAGUUUAAAAUUCUCGUCAAGUUAUUGGUGAUUGGUAAAGCGUAAUAUAUCUAAUAUUUACAAUAAUAAUAAUAAUCAUAAUGAAUUCAUUGGGCGAAUUCUGCUCACUCUUUUGCUGUCCACCUUGUCCGUCCAGAAUUGUUGCUAAAUUGGCAUUCGCACCUCCAGAACCUACAUACAGUUUUGUUGAAGAUGAAGGAUCCAAGUUUACAAUAUCAUUGUCGAAAAGAGCAGAGUGGCACUACACAGAACGUGAAAAAGAAUCAAUUGAAGGGUUUUACGCAAGAACAUCCCGUGGAAAUCGCAUCGCGUGUUUGUUUGUUCGCUGUUCAGCAACUGCCAGAUUCACAAUUCUCUUUUCCCAUGGUAAUGCCGUUGAUUUAGGUCAGAUGUCAAGCUUUUAUCUUGGACUAGGAUCUAGGAUAAAUUGUAAUAUAUUUAGUUACGAUUACUCUGGUUACGGGGUCUCGGGUGGAAAGCCCUCGGAGAAAAAUCUCUACGCAGACAUCGAUGCUGCCUGGCAUGCACUGAGGACCCGCUAUGGAAUCAGUCCCGAAAAUAUUAUCCUGUAUGGCCAGAGUAUUGGUACUGUACCAACUGUUGAUUUAGCUGCCAGGUACGAGGUCGGAGCUGUCAUUCUUCAUUCGCCUCUGAUGUCGGGUAUGAGAGUUGCUUUUCCAAAUACUAAAAGAACUUGGUUCUUUGAUGCAUUUCUCAGUAUAGACAAAGUACCCAAAGUAAUGUCACCUGUAUUAGUGAUUCAUGGCACGGAGGAUGAUGUCAUAAACAUCAGUCAUGGCUUAGCGAUAUAUGAAAGAUGUCCACGAGCUGUUGAACCUCUUUGGGUUGAGGGAGCUGGACACAAUGAUGUUGAAUUGUAUAACCAGUAUUUGGAAAGAUUGAAACACUUUGUAAGUGUUGAGUUGGUAAACUGACGUCGAUUGAG